AUGGUGUCCCUGGGCGUGCUGCCGUCGCUCGGGGACCCUGACCUCACCUCGAUGCCAAUCUUGGCGUCGCUUCCGCCGUCAGCGGUGCGGUCUGCCGUCGCGAAGGCCCGCGUCGACAGGGAGGGCAGGGAGGCUGGCGAACGCCUCACGGCCAUCCAGAAGGGCCGCCUCAACCUCCUCUACAACGCCCUCCGCCGGAAGUUUGGGUUGCACCUUGAGCCGGUCGAUCAAGAGCCGCCUCAACCGCAGGCGGCGGCAGCGGCAACCCCGGGUUCGGCGGCGGCGCCGCACGCCGCUAAUUUGGUGAACCUGUCCGCGGUCCUCGACCAGGGCCUGAAGGGCGAGGUGGAGCUUUACAGCCACGCCCAACUACAGAAGAUCCGGAACAAUUACAUAGUCUUGAUGGGGGAUGAGCCCAUGGGUCGCCACAACUACACCGACGAGCAGAUAUCGGCGUUGGGCCGGCGGCUGGAGGCCGGCUUCGUGCCGUUUGCGGACUUCGGCGUGUGGGGGCCGAACGGCAACCGCUUCCAGCGCCACAUGAAAUUCAAGGCGAGCUUCAUGGACGCCUCUGGCCAGUGGCGGACGCAGGAAAUCCCCGGGCCAGAAUCCCUGGAGAUCUGGGAGGACUCGUACGAGGUCUACAAGGCAGCUGUUCUCUCAUUGGGGGCCUUCCAGCAGGCCACUUUGACUUUGUACGCGGCUGAGUUCCGCCAGCGCGUCCUCGACAAUCCGGGGUGCUGGCACUUGACACUGGCUGCGGAUUUUCUGGCGCGGUCGGAGCAGCUUGCGAACGAGCGCCGGCGACUGGAGCGUUUCCACGAGAAGUCGCCCACCUUGUCCAGUUGGAACCCCAAGAUGCCAUGGGACGCUGCGCUGAGGGCUGUGUCCCAGGACAAAACCUUUUGGUACAAGCAUUUGGAGAAGCCAUGCGACAAGGCUGCCCGGGACGGUUCGGCAACGGUGCCCGUUCAGCGGACGGCCUACACCCAGGUGCCGCCCUUCACGGCGGCGCCGCAGCAGGGCAGCAACAAGAAGAAGGGCGGCGGCAGGGGUAAAGCCAACGACAGGAAGGACACCAAGGGCAUUGAUCCACGUGGCAAGGGACCCAAUGCUCAACGAGCCGAUGGGCGCUAUUACCGGUCAGUGGACAAUGUGGAAAUAUGCUACGCUUGGGCCCAGCACGAGGAGGGUUGCUCCAGCAAGGCGUGCCCACAGGGGCGGGCGCACGCGUGCGAGUUCUGCCGCACGCCCCACCGCACCAUCCGCUGUGAGAAGCAUCCGGGGUGGACGCCGCCGGCGGCCAGCCGGGGGGCCAAGAGGCGCAAGAACUCGUUGGGGCGCGCGGGUGAGUGCCCGCACCCGGGGGCGAUCCAGGGCCCCGAGCACCGGUUCGAGCCGCCCAAGUUCCUGGAGCUCGUUGGGCGCGGCGGCGGGCUCACGGCGGCUGUGGCGCGGCUGCAUCUUGAUCACUUCACGGCGCAGUGCCUCGAGGCCGCGGCGGGCCUCCGCGACCAGGUUCUGGACCUUCUGAAUCACGAUCAUUAUCAUCGGGUUCUCAGCCUGAUUCGGCAGCGGCGAGUGCGAUGGCUCCAUGUGGCACCGCGCUGCGCGGAUUUCUCGAAGGCGCGGAGAACCGGCAGGCGCGCCCGCCCCGCCAGCGGCACCCCAAAGCCGCAGCACGUGCUCGACAGCAACACCUUGGUUGCCAGGGCGGCGAGGCUGUGUCGUGCCCAGGCCAAGGCUGGCGGGUGGUUCUCCUUUGAGAAUCCAGAAGCCUCGUGCGCUUGGCAGUGCGGGCCCGUCGCCUCCCUGCUGCGCAUUGCCGGUGCCGUGCGGGUGGUGUGCGACCAGUGCAUGUUCGGCUGCCCGUACAGGAAGCCGACGGGCUGGCUGACGAACGCCCCCUUCCUUGGCGUUCUCGCCGAGAGGUGCCCGGGGCCCCCGGUGCACGUGCACCCCAGCCUCGGCGGGAGGUGCAUUGGGCCUGCGGGCGGAUCCGCGUGGAAGACUCAACUGGCGCCGUCUUAUCCGGAAGGGCUCUGCAGCGCACUGGCAUUUGCGUACAGGGCCGAACUCAGCAAGCAGCCGGACCUGGCCGCGAAGCAGCCCACCACCUACGACGUCUUCGCUGGGCAGGAGGACGCCGCGCAGCAGGAGACAGCCAGACAGCGGCGGGAGAGAGGCGUGGGGAAGCUGCCCGGCUGGGCGGCGCUCGGCGCUCAGAUCGCCGCUGCCCUCGAAGACGUCGCCGGCGGAUUGUGCGACGCCGUCGACAGGGUGGUCGAGGAGCUGGGCCGCCCAGAGGCGACAGGCCUCGCUCCUGCUGCCGCGCGGAGCGGGCAGGCGGCCCUUGCGGCCCGCCUGGGGGUGAGGCACCACGACCGCGAGGGCCCCCAGGGAGAGAUGCUGGAGGACAUUCUGGCUGCGGCGGGGGAUCCGGAGACGCAGGUUCCUCAGUGGCUGCAGCGCUACGCCCCGCUCGGGAUCGAGGUGCCGAUUCUGCCCUCCGGCGUUUUCCCGGAGACCGAGCCCACCUCUGUGGGGCCGGCCAGGGAGAAGCUCGACGCCCUCCUCCAGCACUGCGUGGACCGGGGCGACCCGGUAAACUACAGAAGCUACGAGGAGAACAGGGAGGAGGCCGACGCCGCGUUCCAGAAGGAGCUGGACAAAGGGUACGCCACGUGGCGCCAAGACCGGGGCGCCUUGGAGGCGAUUCACGGCCCGCUCACCUUGCCCCGCGUCGGCGCCGUCAUCACCGCGAAGGCCGGGGCAAGAAAGUGCCGUCUGAUCCACGACCUGAGGCGGAGCAGAGUCAAUUCGAAGAUCCUUCUCCGCGAGCGCUUGGUUCUGCCACGGCUCCACGACGUCAUUCAGGAUACCUUGGACACGUUCGCGCGCGUCCAGGACCCCCACCAGGUGUACUACUUGGUCGCUGAUUUUCAAGACGCUUUCAAGCUCUUGAGAACGGACCCAAGGGAAAAUAAGCACUUGGCAGGCUACGCUUGCGGGGGGUAUUUUGUGUAUGACACGGUGUUCUUUGGAGUUGGCACUGGGCCGCUGGUCUGGGGCCGCGUCGCGGCAGCACUGAUGCGCCUCACGCAGGCGACGCUCAGCGAGAAGAAGGGCCGCAUUCAGUGUUUUGUGGACGACUCUAUAUUGACUAUGUCUGGCUCGCUGCGCACAGUGCGGAGAGAAUUCGCUAAGAUACUUGUGCUGUGGCAGCCCCUCGGCUUCGGGGUCUCCUGGAAGAAGGUCAGCUUUGGCACUUCAGUUUCGUGGAUUGGCGCCGCGAUCCAGGCCGACACGGCCGUGCGCCGCGUGAGCGUGUCGCUACCUGAGGAGAAGUUGGAGCUGGUCAGGGGCGCGUGCACCGACCUGCUGGAGGAGCGGAAGCCAGUGCCCCCCGUCGCCAGGGUGAGGCAGCUGGCCGGCCGCGGAGGCUGGAUCGGCGGCCUGCUUCCCCAGGUCCGACCGCUUGUCCGGCAUCUCUGGGGAGCUCUAUCCAAGGCUCGGAAGGGCAACCCGCCCGUCCUCUUCCGCAAGCAGGUGGAGCCGGCAUUGCGAUGGCUGGUCGCCUUCGCAACGGACGCGCCUUUACAUCUGACGCGCCAUGUUUACCUCGUCGACAGACUCCACGACGGCUUGUACGUUGAAACUGACGCUUCGCCUUGGGGCGGCGGCGGGUGCUGCUGGGCAUCGCCGGCGGCCCGCCGAGCUGGCGAAGCGCCGCGCGCGUACUUUGCUGUGACAUGGGACCACACGCACGAGGAGCUCCUGCACGCGCAGGUCGGCAGCCCGGCUGGCCGGGCGUCGCGGGAAGCAUUUGCGAUGCUCCUCGCAGCAAAGCUGUGGAUCUCACCAGAGGUCCUGGGGCGCAUCACCUUUGCGGGUGACGCGCAAGGCGUCCUGGCAGCACUGGUCCAGCUACGUGGAGAUUCGGCCAUCAUGAUCGAUGUGGCCAAGGAGCUCGCCCUCCACCUGGCCCCCUUGGGCCAUGCUCUCGAGGGCCUCCACAUCUGGGCGGAGCAGAACAAGCUCGCGGACGCGCUGAGCCGGGUCUCUUGCGACGGCCACUCCCCCCGCUUUCUCGCCGGGGCGGAGCAGGCCACGGUCCCGCAGGUGGAGGACCUGGGUCUGCGAGUGCUGCAGACCAAGAUUUCAGGCCGAGGGCGCGCCUGUACGCACUGUGUCAGCCGCUGA